AAACGAAUAGAUCGAAUCAAAAAUGAACUCGAAACACAGUUCGCUGGAGGAGAAAGUGAAACUGCCGCCCACGGAGACAAUAAGCCGAUGCUACCAGCCGCAGCAGAGCAACCGCAAGGUCAUCCGCAUCCUGACCGUCGCCGUCUAUGUACUUUGCGUUUCGCUGGCGGCCAUCAUGCUAUCCCUGUACUACAUCUUCAUCUGGGACCCCACCAUUCGGCCCUUUGUCACCAAGGCCACGCAUUGCGAUAAAAUUGUGAUACCCGAAAAAAUAGCCAUUCGCCUCCUGAACUCAUCGGAAGUGACCGCGGAGCAGUUCUACAAACACAUCCUCGAGCAGUACCGCAUCCUCAGCCACAUGCAGCAGCAACGCCAGCAACUGCUGCAGCGCCAACAUCUUCAACUACAGCAACUGGAGGCAAACAAUCGCUUCCAGGAGGUCUUUGCCACGGCCACAAUCAUUCAGGCACAUCCGCAUCCCCAUCCACAUCCCAGGGAGCCGCCCAAGAAGCCGCUUUUAGGUCCAUAUAGCCCGCUACCGGCAAACAUAAGUCACACGAUGGGUGGUGAUCAGUCGGGCCUGGGCAACUUGGAUGCAGAUCAAGAGCAGGCUCAUAUGCCCCUAAUCCUGGACACCUCGCCGCCGAUCGAAGUAACCGGAAUGGGUCACCUGAAGCGGAAGACACAUCGGGGUCACUACAAACAUCAUAGAGCUCGAGCCGGUGGUCAAAAGAAACUGUCCAUUGCCAAUUCGAUUGCCAGCUCCACGCCGAGCACCACAGCCGGAGGAGAUGCGUCCUUGGCCACUGCGGCCACAUUGCCACACGGUUAUAUGGACGCACCACUGAAUCCGGCGGCAGGAACCAUUGUCCAGGCACCACAACUGCAGCUAUACACCUCGAUGCCCAUUCCCCUGAUCCUCAGUCCCAGCGAGGAGAAGCGACCCUCACAUCACGCCCACGGACAUGUCCAUGGCGAGAGGCGGAACGGGGCGCAAUCCGGCGGGCGACGAAGGACCACGACUGCCUCCGUUUCUGGCUACGAGGCGCAGACCUACCUCAAUCCGUUCCUCACCGGCGAGCUGAUCUUCGAGAAGUAAGGAACUGGACCCAAUCAGGAAACUUAAACUUAAACGUCGUGGUUCAUUGUUUUUUUUUUUUUUGUAAUGCAUAUAGAGGAAUAUACACUACAGUCAAGAUCGGAAUUGGAGAUUAGCUCACAGAAAUGAAAAAAUGACUAACAUAUGGGCAUUACCUUGUCAUACCUAUAUCAAUGGAGAAAUAACUCAGUUAAGCUCAGUACUGGCAUAAGCAUGGAAAAGAUAUUUCAAUUAAUCAGUUCGAGUAGAUAUGUUUUCGAAAUUGAUAGAGAUAUAUUAGACAUUUCAUAUUGAAAUUUACAGGUACAAAUAUAAACUCAGUUAAUGCGUAGAAUGCGUUUGCGAUUGAACCAAAUGAACGAUUUAUAGUAAUAGCUUAGGAACAAACGUUUUAAUCGCUUAUUCUAUAAUGUAAACAAAAGCCAAAGCAAGUAGAUCGGUUGCAUAACUUAUUUCUGCUAUAGAUACAUGUAAGUCAUGACUUGUAUCAGUACUGAGCUAGAAAUUGGUCCAUAUAUAUACGUAGCCAGGCCUGGCCACAAAUAGAAGAGGUUAAUAAACGUUAUGUACUGCAAAAGGAUAGUUGAAACCGUAGCUAAACGAUAAUCGAUGUACCAACCACACUCCACACCACUUCACUCAACUAAACUCAAUUCAAAACUCAAUUCAAAAAAAACACUCACUCGAAAGGGACACACACACGCAUAAUACGGGACCCACUUCAGUAGAAAGUCACACGAUAUCAGCGAUCACGGAUCACGGAUCACACAGGCGGCUCACCUCACCAAGCUCAGCAGCAAACUCACCCCACCUAGGACACUGCUUCCAGGCAGCUAGCGAACGCUACACCAACUACAAUAAUUAGCCAACCCUAGAGUAACCAGAGUUUACCAGUUAACCAUUAACCAGUAACUAGUAACCAAUUACCAAUUACAAAAAUACCAAUUACCAAUUACCAGUAACCCAUCCAAGGAGUAUAUCCCCCUUGCAAACGGGGAAGCGGAUAAAUGUCACUAUAAUUCAGCAUCAGUAUGAAUCACACACAAUCCAAGUCGCCUCACGCAAAGAGGACUAUGUCAUGAUCAGAUAUCGGUAUAUGCUGGCUAUAUUAUGUACUUCUAAUAGCAUGUACAACAAAUUCAACGAAAUAUUGGUUUCGGAACUCUAUUAUCUGGCAAACGAAUGUAAAAUGUAAGCCUAAUUAGCCACGUGAAUGACACACAAGAGAUUCGCACUAUAAAGUGGCCUAAAAAUAGCUGGGUAAUACCAUAGGCGCUUUGCUUCUCAAGAUAAAACCUGGCGUGCUCAACUCAAGAACAAAUAUGUGGUCAUAUAUGCACAUAUGUACAUAUAUGGGGCAUAUAACCGAUGUGUGACGUGACAUUGGCUCGUUCUAUUCACAUACUUACACACUAAAUGCAAACCUAUCAAAAACCAACUACACUAAGCGAAAAAGCGGGAGAAAUAGUUAAGGAAAGUGGGCAAGAGAAAGAGAGGGAGAGAGAGAGAGAGAGAGAGAGAAAGAAGGUGAAAGGGAGAGAUAGUAAAACUGCAUCUGCAUCCAAAGACACGAGAAUUGAAUUCAUCAAUAAUAAAUUAUAAUAAUACGUAUAAACGAUAUGCAUACGAUAUAGAAUUGAAUCUGUAACUGAUGGGCAUAUACCGCAUAUAUAUCUUAUAUACCGCAUAUAUCUUAUAUAUGUAUACCAAGAAAAACAAAGUCAUUUUGGCAAUAAUAAAGCAUAGCAAACAAAAAUAA